CUGCCUAAAGCUAAGCUACUCGAUCAAACCCUCUACCACCACCACAGAUUUAUAGUUAACAAAUAUUGCCUCCUGCUAAUCUAUCACAUUAAAAUUCUCUCAUGUUAACAUCUCCUCUCUACUGCUACCCAGCGUAGCCUCAUAGGCGUUCCAAAUAGCUCUUUUAUCAUCCCUUCCUGAGAUCUCACCAAGAACAAACAGAAGCUAGCUAGCAUGGACCAUCAGCUGUUCGACGACCCCUUCGGGAGCAGCAUCUCGUCGCUGGAGGCGGACAUCUUCUCCGCCGGCGGCGGCGGACAGCUGCCGUCGCCGCCGUGGCCGGACCUCGACCUCGACGACGACUACGACAUACACGACCUCUCCGCGCCGGCCGCCAACGCCGCCACCUCCUCGGGCGGCGGCUAUGGCUCCGGCGGCUCCGGCAGGAAGCUCAGCCACAACGCAUACGAGCGCGACCGCCGGAAGCAGCUCAACGAGCUCUACUCCUCGCUCCGAUCCCUCCUCCCGGACGCUGAUCACACUAAGAAGCUGAGCAUCCCCACCACCGUGUCCCGAGUUCUCAAGUACAUCCCGGAGCUGCAGAAGCAGGUGGAUAACCUGGAGAGGAGGAAGAAGGAGCUGACCAACGCCAACUGCAAGCCGGGAGUUCUCAACACCAAAGAGAUCGUAACUCCCAUUGUUUCUGCUACUUGCCUUAACGACACGGAGAUCAUGGUUCAGGUCAGCCUGCACAGCAAUGUGGCCGCCACAGCUCUCCCUCUCUCCAAGUGCAUAAAGGUGCUAGAAAACGAAGGCCUUCUCCUCGUCAGCUCAUCAACCUACUCCACCUUCGAGAACAAGACAUUCUAUAGCCUCCAUCUUCAGAGAAGUCAAAGAACGAUGAAGGAGCAGUGCCCAGGAUUCUGCGACGAACUGGAGAAGAUCGUCAGGAAGAAAGCAGGGGCGUAGCUAUCUGCAGCAGCCAGAUAAGGUACCUCCACCACCGGCCGGUACACACAGUGCUGGCGCAUGCAUUCGAUCAGCAUUCCUGCAGAUCCAACGGCGUGCUACUCCAUAAGCAUGCAUGCAGCUAGCUAAUAAGGUAUUCUAGUUUAGUCUGUAAAUGAUGGACUGUUUACCUGGGAAGACUAUGUAGUAGCAGUACUAAUGCACGCAUGCAUCCGCGUGCUGAUGGUGUGUCCAUGUGUGUGUGUUCUGUUGACACAGAAGAAUAUAUAUAUGAUAAUUGUGAAAGUCACUGCAAAAUACCAAUGGAUGCAUAGUAUAUGGUUUUCUGUUAGCCA